AUGGAGGCGGCGCUGGGGGCGCUGUGCCGCGCCGGAGGGUGGUCGUACGCGGCCGUCUGGCGCUUCCAUCCCCAAGACCCUCGGUUGCUCACAUUGGGGGACUGCUACUGUGAAGAUGAGGCAAAAACAAUGGUUCAGAAGAUGCUUAAUCUUGUUGAAAUUGUUGGGGAAGGCAUCCUAGGAGAAGCUCUAUUAAGCGGAGAGUGUCAAUGGAUUUACGACACUUGCCAUGCGUUGAAUCAAAAAAGCCAUGCUGAUAACAGAGACUUAUAUCCGGGUUAUACUUGGUGGCAGCAUCAGUUUCUGAAUGGGAUAAAGACUAUUGCAGUAUUGCCUCUUCAGUUGCAGGGACUGGUGCAAUUUGGUUCCACACGGAAGGUUCCCAGGAGCUCAAUUUUUUUGAAUCAGGUCAGAGAUAUAUUUGAUCGGAUGAAGAAUGCUUCAAGCGAUGGUGCUAUGGAGUAUACCCAGAACAACUCUCUUGCAUAUGGUCAGCAACCUAUCCUUACUUCAUUGAGAUCUGCCAAUGACAUGCUCGUACAUAACAAGGUCAACCCAUUGCAAACUGAGAAGCCUGAGGAGAAUAUUGAGAGAACAGAAUCUAUAAGGAGUUCGAUGUGUUCUCCAAGCAAUUCACAAAGAUCUUUAAAUGACUUAACCUCCCACGGUACUGGUAACACCAGUAUGGAUACUCAUAUAUUGGCCAUGCCUGUUAACUCCAAGACUAUAUAUGAGCUCAAACGGUUUGAUAACGUCACUGAGUUGUUUCAUCAGAGUGCUGAUGACAGAGUUGGUUUUCAAGUCAACUCUAGUAAAGAGCCUGGUUCUAUUAUUGCUGGUCUAAUGUCAGGAUACAAAAGUUCGAACAAUAUUCAUAGGACAGAAAAUGAUUCAUGUGAUCAAAACACAGAAUAUACCCCAUACCUUCACACUACCACCAACUCUGCAAAUUCUGGCCUAGAUGAACUUUCUUAUUCUGGCACUGGUUUGUCGUCAUCGUUUACAGCAGUAUCUGGAAAAAUUAAAAACUGCCUGCAUACUGAGAGUGACAAGUUUCUAUGUAAAUCUGUAUCAUUCAGCAGCAGACCUUGUGCUUCUAAAAUCCAAGAAAAUCGCCUAUCACCAUACCAUGCCCUCAUGCAUGAACAAUCCAUGAUACCUGACGACCCUGGAGAAUCUGUGAGGCUCCUCUCACAUGAAGAAUCUUUUAAUGUUCAAGGUGACUCAAUGCAAUUCAAGGAUGCUACCCACUUUACAUACCAGGAUGACAGUACAUUUCCUGAAUUACCAAACAGAUCACCUGAAGAAGCUACUGCUGAAACUUUAGAAAACAACAUGAAGGACUGUAGUGGAAAUAACAGUCUGCUGGAAACUAUGAUGCUUGAUCUUAGGACUAACAGCUUUGUGCAAGAUUGCUGGGAUGACAAUGUUCUACUGGCAGAAAACCUUCCAAAUUCAAGCAAAAAGCACUCAGAGCCUGCUAUAGAAUUGGCCAAUAGGCAUUCAUUGCCAACUGGGGAGAGAGGCUUGCCUUUCAUACCUGUUGUCGAACAAUUACUAGGUGAUGUUGCACAUCCACCUGCCGGACAUAGUUCACUUGAGGCUGAUGCUACUGCUUUAGCUGGCCGUGUUUCAGAUUAUCAUCUGCCUCAGUUUGCUUUUCGAGAUUGCCUAACAGCACACAACGCACAAGUCCCAUCACUGGCCUGCAGUAAUUAUACAUCCAGAACCGGAAGUGCCCAAAAUGGUUCUUCAGAAGUGCCAUCAGCAAACAUAUCUGUGGAUGACACCUGCAGUUUCAACACAGCAAAUUCCAAGGGAAGUCAGUCGAGCAAUCCUGAGGGGAAGGUUGCCAAGAGAAGAGCUAGAGCUGGGGAGAGUACCAGACCUAGACCAAAAGAUAGACAACUGAUACAAGAUCGCGUUAAAGAAUUACGACAGAUUGUCCCUAAUGGUGCAAAGUGUAGCAUUGAUGCUUUGUUGGAGCGAACAAUUAAGCAUAUGCUGUUUCUACAAAGUGUAAACAAAUAUGCAGAGAAAAUUAAGCAAGCUGAUGAACCAAAGAUAAUCGACAAAGAGAGUGGUGUUGUCUUGAAAGACAACCCAGAUGCUGGCAAAAAUGGUGGUGCCACAUGGGCCUACGAGGUUGCUGGGCAAACCAUGGUUUGCCCAAUAAUCAUUGAGGAUCUUUCACCACCUGGUCAGAUGCUUGUUGAGAUGCUUUGCGAGGAACAUGGGCUCUUUCUGGAGAUAGCUGACAACAUACGUGGAUUUGGUCUCACGAUCUUGAAAGGACAGAUGGAGCUCCGUGAUGGCAAGAUAUGGUCGCGGUUUCUUGUUGAGGCAAACAGAGAAGUCACAAGGAUGGAUAUAUUUUUGUCGCUUGUUCAGUUACUAGAACAGAACAACCUUGUUCGAUCUACUGACCAGAUGGCUAAGGUCAUGAAUAAUGGGGUUCCAUCCUUUGCAAACCAGCAGCGAUCUCCGCUGCCAGUUCCAGUGGGCAUUGCUGAGAGACUACAGUGA